ACUUUAAUGGUCCGUGCCUGCCUACGAAGGUCGUUUUCUUAAUUAGAAGAACUAAAGAGAGAGAGAGGAGGGUAUAGAAUUGAGAGGACUAAUGUCAGAAACAGCCGCACUUUCUGAAGAAUUUUUCGAAAUCGAAGAAGUGAGAAGAAAAAGGGUUCGUGAGGGCCGUAUUGAGUAUCUGAUUAAAUGGCGUGAUUGGCCUGAGAGGUCAGAUACGUGGGAACCCUUGGAGAAUAUUAAGGAAUUCGUAGAUGAAUUUGAAGAAAGCUUAUGUAUGAGAAAGCGCAAGAGGAAGCGGAAGGGUAGAGUUCGCCGUAAAAGUGCAAGUAAAUCAUUAUCAUUGGUUAGUGAUGUAAAGACUUCUGAUCACAUGGUAGAAGGUGAGCCUAGAGUUUGGCUUUCAGAAGAUUUUGAUGAAGGUACUCAGAGUACUAAUCGUUUGAAAGGGGCUAGAAGGAGGAUAUCUGGAAAAGUCAGAAAGUUUCGUUAUGAGUCAACUAUAUUAGACGAUGCUCCAAGUGAAGACAAGUCGGAAGCUGAUUAUGGGGUGCAGCCGGAAAGUGAAGGACCAACAGGGAAUGCUAGAUGAUCUGCAUUAGGUGGAAAGGUUGUCUAACCCAUGUACUUUCAGUAACAAAUGGGAUACGAGAUAUGCGUGUCACCUUUGUGGCAUUAAGAUACCCAAUCAACUUUUGCUUAAUUUCUUUCUUUACUAAUGUAACCUUCUUCAAUCGCUUGCUAACUUGGAGGUUGAACGAUUCAUAUAUCUGCUUGGGUGAAAAUUGUACUGCAAAUUUAUUUCUUAUUCGAUUUU